CAACAACCCCCCCACGACAACGAGCAGGAUCGAUUUCUCUCUAGUCGGCACAGCUCCUUCAAUAUGGCUGAUUCCCAGGUCACCUUGCGCACGCGCAAGUUCAUCCGAAACCCUCUCCUCGGUCGUCGCCAGAUGGUUGUCGACGUCCUACACCCUAACCGCCCGAACGUUUCCAAGGACGAACUCCGCGGCAAGCUCGGCGAGCUCUACAAGGCUAAGAAGGACGAUGUCUCCGUCUUCGGUUUCCGGACGCACUACGGUGGCGGCAAGAGCACCGGCUUCGCCCUCAUCUACGACAGCCCCGAGGCGAUGAAGAAGUUCGAGCCCCACUACAGGCUCGUGCGGUACGGCAUGGCGAGCAAGAUCGAGAAGGCGAGCAGGCAGCAGCGCAAGCAACGAAAGAACAGGUCGAAGGAGUUCCGAGGUACUGCCAAGACCAAGGGCGGCGCGAAGAAGGACAAGAAAUAAGCGGGUGCACUAUGUCGGUGACGGUCGGGAUGGAGUCGUUUCUCUAGUUCGGGUGGUUCACCACGGACAUGGAGUUGCACGGGGCAUUAUCAUCGUGUACAGUUACGACGAAUGCCUGAAAAACUCUUGCGCAUGGGCCGGGCAAGAUGGAUGGCGUUUGAGAUCUACCUCUACCUGUGUCUGCUAACAACCAUCAAUGCAUAUCAUGGGCCUUUCGGUUGCCAUUGGUUCGCGCUACCUACGGGAUGUCUCUCACCACCCGCAGCAGCAUGCUGGUCGAGGACACUUCGAAGGCCGGAUAGAUUACGGCAUCGCCUAUCCUGAGGCCACAUGGCUCCAGUUUCGACUGUGUGAUAUGCAUCGGCCUCUUGAUGCAGCUAAGCCAUAUGUAAUCGUCGAGGAGAUACUCCGCCACCAACACACAUCAGCAUCGCCACAGCUCGUCUUGCUCUGACACGUUUCA